AUGUUAACUGUAGUAAAUUUAAAAAAUAAUAUCUAUCCAUUAAGCACUGCUUGUUCUAAAUGGAUAGUUCCUAAUUAUUUGAGAAAUGAAGGAGAGUAAAAUAGUGAUUUACAUAUAUUUUUAACUGGAGAAUAUUAAAGUAGUAAUGUUUUUGCAUCUGCCACAGCUUGUGUAUUAGAUCCUCGUCCAACUUUCGGAAGGAUAAUAUUAAAUACAGGGCUUUUUAAUGGAAGAAAUAUGACCCCUAGAUAAUUUAGCACGCUAACUUCAGUCAUUAUCCAUGAAACAUUACACAUUCUGGGAUUUUAAUAUGCAUAAUAUAGGUAUUUUAUUGACCGAACAACGUUUUUGAGAACUCCAAAAGUAAAAGAAGUAACUAAAGAAAUAUUUGGUUGUUAAGAAGCUGAAGGAAUGCAAUUAGAAAAUGUAACUUAUAGUGUUUCUUCACUUUCACAUUGGGAAAGAACAAUAUUCCCUAACGAAUUAAUGUAAACAACAGUUUUAAGUGGAUAAGUUUUUCUUUCUAAACUUACUUUAGCUUUGUUGGAGGAUACUGGAUUUUAUGAAAGUGUUAAUUAUGAAAUGGCUUAUGAAUGGUACAUUAACUGUUUUUAUUGGUACAUUUUCGGUAUUAUGCACGUAUGA